CCGGCCGGCAGUCUUCACCAUGAACCGAGCCUGGGCCUUGUUUAAGGCCCACCCAUACGUCAGCAACGUGGCGGGAUACACAACGCUGUUCGCCUCCGCGGACCUCAUCCAACAGAGUGUGCUGGGCGUGAAAAGUGAAGACCCCAAAUCGGGGGAGUCUGAGCCGCUCUGUGCCACAUCUGGCGUCGACUGGCCUCAGACGGCGAGAGUGGCCCUUGUCGGGCUCUGUUUCCACGCCAACUUCAACUAUCACUGGCUGCGGGGGCUUGAGCGGAUGCUCCCGGGUGGUGGGGUCAGAAGAAUAACAGGGAAAGUCGUACUGGAUCAGUUGGUUGCGGCUCCUGCCACCAUCAGCGCCUUUUUCAUAGGUCUAAGCCUUCUAGAAAACAAAAAGGACCCAUUUGAAGAUUGGAGGAAGAAAUUCUGGACUUCAUACAAGACUGGAGUGGUUUAUUGGUCUACAAUGCAAGCGGUGAACUUUGCCCUGGUGCCGCCUGUGGCCCGGACGGUGUUUGCUGGAGGCAUCACCCUACUGUGGACCGUCUUUCUGUGUCAUUGCAGACAGCAGCCGGAUCAAAGUCACUCAAGAGACUCAUCCCAAUGACCCGAGUUAUG